UUCAAAUCAAAUUGAAUUUCAAUUGAAGCAGAAUAAAUAGAGAAAAUCAAAAAAAAAUCAAUAUCGAAAAAAAAUAUUAACCCCAUUCCCCCUUAUUAUAUAAAUAAAAAUUACCCCAUAUGUAUUACUUGCCACCAAAUUAUCAUCCGCAACAACAACAACAACAACAACAUCAGCAGCAGCAGCAAUCAGCAAAUUUUAGUAGUCAACAACAAUCUCAUCAUCAACAGCCAGAAUUGCAACCUAGAUCGGUUACAGCACCUUUUGUUGAACGUCGUAUUCAACAUCAACAACAACAACAACAACGUGGUGAUCGACUUCAACUACAAUUUCCACAACAACAACAACAAUAUUCAAAUUAUUCAAAUUAUUAUCCUCCUACACCAACAACACCAACACAAGCAUUAUUAUCAUCGAAUCGAUAUCAAAUCGGUGGAUAUAAUCCAAAUAAUAACAGCAGUUUUCGAAGAGCUGCUGGUUUUAUUGGUGCAUCCGGUGUAGCUAGACGAAGUCGUCUAGGUUUAGGAUUAGGAUUAGGCAGUCGUCGUUUUGGUAGCGGUCCUGGUGGUUUUGGCAGUGUUGGUGGUGUUGGAUUUGGUAGCGCACGUAGUUUUGGAAGUGUGGGUGGUGGUGGUGGUGGCGGUUAUCGUCCCAGUAGUUAUUAUCGAAGAAAUCAUUACAAUCCUUACAAUCCAUAUUAUCAAAACUAUAAUUAUCCUAAUCAAAAUCAGAAAAAAGAUUUAUUAUUAUAUUUAAAUUUUAUAAUGGAUCGUGGUAACGCAUUUUCGUGUAUGAAAUAUACAUUGAUUUUAUGCAAUGUAUUUGGUUUCAUAUUAGCAAUAUUCAAUGCAUUAUUCGGUAUUGGAUAUCCACAGGAAAAAUGGCCAGGUGGUUAUACUGGUGGCCAAAUGGCUAUAUUUUCAUUAUUUGUGAUGGCAUUUACGACAAUCGGAUAUUGUGGUGCACAACAUCAUAAAGGAUAUCUAUUGAUCGUAUAUGGCAUAAUAAUAUUCUUCUUGUUAAUUGGAUUGGUUGCCAUAUGUUUCAUUUACAAUGAUUCAUUAGCUGAAUUAAUGUACAAUGGAUAUAUGAUUUCCUUUGCAGUAGUGAUCUUCUUUCUCAUGUUGUUUGCCUUUUUCAUUUCAUAUAAAAUCAGCGAACAUGGUUCGAGUAAAUAUUUGUCAACAAUUAUACCGACCACUCAACAACAACAACAACAAGCAGCAGCGGCAGCCGCAGCGGCAGCUGCCGCUGCUGUUGCUGCCGCACAACAACAAUCACAACGUAUUUCAAGAAAUCAACAACAACAACCACAGCCACCAACAUCACAAUCACAACAACCACCUCCAUCAACUACGGCAACAUCCGGUAAUUGUAUGGCCGGUACCGGUGAUCAACGUACUAGACAUCCAUAUACAACAGCAACAUCAGGCGGUGGUGGGGGUACCGGAAAUCCAACCGGUACUGGUUCUGGUAGUGGCACAACACAGCAAUCAACCAAUCAAAGCUCCACCAAUCCAUGUCCAGUACCGGGAUGUAAUUAUGGAAAAAUUAUUUCCAAUUAAUCUACAAAAUAAAAAUAAAUAAAUAAAUGAAAUAGAA